UCAGUAUCACACAGUGAUCACAGUUCACUCCUGCAGUGAAGCCCCUCCCACAACAAUUCACCAAUAAAUACUGGGAAUAUUCCCAUCAUACAAGAGAAGGACAAACUCCAGGAGUAGCAGCUGAAAUCUGUGUGACUGUUAAAGAUGGAGUUUAUUAAAGAGGAGAUUGAGUUUAUUAAAGUGGAGAUUGAAGACAUGACUGAUCCAGAACCAUCCAGAAUAAAACAUGAAGAUUCUGAGGAACAAAUAGACCAGAUGGAAGUGAAAGAGCAAAGACAAGAGCUGAAUGAAGUUGAGAAGGAACAUUGCGACUUCAAAAAUCAAAAGAGUUUUUCAUUGACGAAAAAAUGUAAACGGCAAAAGAAAACACGUGAUAAAGUGAGAGAUCAUGUGUGUUGUGACUGUGGGAAGAGCUUUACUACAGCUUCCUAUCUGAAACAGCACCAAAGAAUUCAUACUGGAGAAAAACCUAACAAGUGCUCAUAUUGUGACAAGAGUUUUACUGUGUCUGGAAACCUGAAAAUACAUGAGCGAGUUCAUACUGGAGAGAAGCCGUACGACUGUACUCAGUGUGAGAAGAGUUUCAGAAGUAGUACCGAUCUCAAACAUCAUCAUCGGCGCGUUCACACUGGAGAAAAGCCAUUUAACUGUGAUCAGUGUGGUAAAGAUUUUAUUUCGUCAUCACAUUUAAAAUCACACCAGAAAAAUCAUACAAACGAGAGGCCUUAUGCAUGUUCAUUUUGUGGAGCAUUUUUUACACGACAGGAACAUUGUAAACGACACCAGAAAACACACACCGGUGAGAAAGAUCAUGUGUGUUUGGACUGUGGGAAGAGAUUUUCUACAGCUGAAAAUCUGAAAAGUCACCAAAGAAUUCAUACUGGAGAAAAACCUUACAAGUGCUCAUAUUGUGACAAGAGUUUUUCUCGGUCUGGAUCUCUGAAAGAACACGAGCGAGUUCAUACUGGAGAGAAGCCGUACGACUGUACUGAGUGUGAGAAGAGUUUCAGACAUUCAAAAAGCCUUCUCAGGCACAUGAGGAAAUAUCAUAAGUGGUCGCAAUGAGCAACAUUUCAUUUUUUGUGUCAAAUACAUUAAAGUAAAUGUUGUGAGAUUAACUAAAUAUG